UUUUUUUUAAACACGAGUGAAGUGAAUAACACAGUACUACUACUUAAAUUCAACAAGUAAUACAUUCUAUCAGAUAUUCUUCGUUAACUGGUAUCAGUAAAAACUUCAUUUCGGACAUUAUUAAUUCAACGAAUCAUGGGUAUGAUAACUACAAAUGUACUAGAGGAAUCAUUAAGUUUUGGACCAUUGCCGACAAGUUUAAUGAUAGGUGAACCAGCCUAUUUAAUUGCACAGACAACAACAGAUCGACUAUCUGAAUUACCAACAAUUUAUGCUGAUCCAAAACGCCUAUCUGAUCCAAUCCGACUUAUUGAAUGGAUUUGUAAUCUACGCUGUGCACGAUGUCCUGGUGAACAAAAUAUGGAAUUGAUAUGCACUAACCAUUCAGGUCAGUCAUUCUAUCGAACAACACGUAGAAUAGAAGCUGGUGAAGAACUUCUCAUCUGGUUUCGUCGACAAGAUUUACAACCACUUCUCGGUGAAUAUUUGAACAAUCAGACUAUUUUAGAGGCAUGGUCUGGACAAACAGUAAAACAUUCAACUAAUUCACAACGUAGACACUUUGAAAAUCUAGAAAAUUUAAACACUCAGUCUAUGAAUUCGAAUGACAAUAAAUUUGAAUGUCCUAAAUGCAAUAGUGAAUUCAUCUACAUAUAUCCUUAUAUCUCACAUUGUUUAUUUAAAUGUCAAAAACAAUCUGUAACACAAAAUAUUCAAUUGAUCAAUCAACCGCCAAUUUCAAAUCCCUAUCCUAAUGAAAUAAACAACGAUUGUUUAAAUCAAACUAGAAUAGAUGCUCUAUUGCACAACAAUAAUAAUAAUAAUUUCAGUAAUUUGAUAGCUGAAAACAAAUCGAAAGAAGUGCAAAGUAUGCUGGAUAAAAUUGGUGAAGAUCUAUCCCAUGGAACUAUCCCACCGUCGAUUUGUUCAUCAUUUAUAAAUGAGUGUCAUAAAAGCGUGAGAGGAGAAGCAACCGAUCAAGGUCGAACAAAUAACCUUGAACAAAUAUGUGAAUUAUCUAGUAAAACAAUAACAUCAUUGCAUAAAAAAUAUCUGCAUAAAUUACAUUCUAAUAAUAAAAUGUUAGUUAAUCCUAAAACAUUGAAACAGAAUACAAUCAUCACUACAAAUCCCAUAGAAGAUAGUCAUAAUAAUGUUUAUCGGAAAAAUAAAAUGAAAAAUAAUGUUUUACCAUUGAAAACAUGUAAUCCAUUAGUUGAACAAUUAUUACAAACAUUAACUUCCAGUGUUGACAAUUCAUUGUCUAGUCCAGAGUUGAUUACAGCACCACCACCACCACCACCGACGGCAACAACAACGCCAAAAACGAACUCAUCGUCGACAAUACCAACAGGAGUUAAACAAUCACAGCCUACCCUACUGAAUAGUUUAACAUUAGCUCAGAAUUGGUGUGCUCGUUGUUUUAUUACAUUUCGAUUGACUAGUGACCUUGUUCAUCAUAUGCGAACGUAUCAUAAUCAGUCGGGUAGGAAUACAAAUCAUAAUAAAGGUCGGCUGAUAUCACACAAUGCCCACAUACAUUCAUCUGAUAAACUGUCGAGAAAAGAGAUAUAUACACUGUGGAAGAUUAUAGAAAAGAGGGGGAUACUGUGUAUUCUAUUGAACAGUCUUCAUUGUUGUCAACAACAUCAUUGUCAGGAAGUAUGGCUACUUUCACAACUACUAAUACGCCUACAAUGAUGUCAACGUCAGUUGUACCAGAUUAUUCAGGAAAUAAACUAAUUUGUUCCCUAUGCAGUGAGCAAUUUAAAGAGAGGCAUCAUUUAACUCGACAUAUGCUUUCACAUAAUUAACUUUUGAA